CUUCCUGUUACCGAAGGAAUACUUGUAUAGGGAAGAAGGCAAGAUGAGGGCACGAUGGCUACCUCUCUCGGUCCUUUUUCUAUGGGCCGUCUCUUUUUAUUCAACGUCUGCUGAUAAUGGCGUGAAAAGGAUGAAAAUGCAGUAUGCCGCAGGGCCACUGCUCAAAUUCCAAAUUUGUAUUUCCUGAGGGUACAAGCGGGUGUUUGAAGAGUAUACGCAGGCCUUGUACCAGCGGUACCCAGACAUCCGCAUCGAGGGAGAGAAUUUCCUUCCUCACCCUCUUUACCGACACUUCUCUUCCUUCCUGUCUGUGUUCAAGCUAGCCCUGAUUGGGCUGAUCAUAGUAGGGAAAGACCCAUUUACUCCCUUUGGUAUGGAAGCUCCGGGGGUGUGGACUUGGGGUCAAGAGAACAAGAUUUAUGCCUGCAUGAUGGUGUUCUUCUUCAGCAAUAUGAUUGAGAAUCAGCUUAUGUCAACAGGUGCAUUUGAAAUCUCGCUGAAUGAUGUGCCAGUUUGGUCUAAACUGGAGUCGGGUCACCUGCCCUCAAUGCAGCAGCUGGUGCAGAUUCUGGAGAAUGAGAUGAAGAUGAACGUUCACAUGGAUACACUUCCACACCACCGCUCCUAACCCAGCCUCUGCCCUGUCAGAAGGAGCCUAGGAGCCAGACACGUUUUAGGUGAGCAUCUCUUAAGGCUGUGGGACCUUUCUUAUGAAGGUUUGCACUGAAAGCGGAACGUCUGCUAGUACAGGCCGGAUGUCCUGAUUGGUUCUCACCAUGCCCCUUGAGAUGCUCCUCCUACUGAUGUGCUGGAAUCCCUGGCAAAUUUUGUGGCCAUUUUACUACUGCAGACCAUUCUUCCCUGUGCAAUUAGUUGUAUAGACAUGCAUUUCUCACAAGACCUUUGAAGUACAGGGUUCUAUUACGUUUUUUUUAUUUCCUUUUUGUUGACUGUCUUUCAUAUUCUGUGUAUGUAAUUACAUCCAGGUGUAAGAAAUAACAUUAUUGUAGGUGAGAUGCAACCACCUGAAUACAUCACAAGAAAUUGUUUGUCAGAUGCAGCCUUGUAAUUCUAAGAUCUUAAAAUUGCAUUACUGUAUACAUUUAUGGCUAUCAGAGGCUUGAACAAAUGCUAACAUCCCCAUCUAGAUAAUGAACAGUGAAGAAUCUAUCUGAUAUUUUUGUUAUCCCUAUGUAUCCUUAGAACAUGAUUCUUGUAUAAUUUAAUAGCUAAUUUAUUCACUAGAUUCAGUCAACAAUAGCUUAACAGUUUAGCUAAUGUUUUAAUUUCUAAGCCAUUGUAAUUUUUAUAUUUCUUUGUAUAGCAGAAUGUGAGGGCUACGACAAUAAAAUCGGUUCUAACCA